UCACGGCCUUAGACAGAUUUAAAUAAUACUACUUUCAAGGUGUUAACUUUUUCAUUGUGGUCUUGUGGUCUAUGAUAAGUGAUAACAUUACAACAAUAUUAUUAUUUUUAAUUGUUGUUAUUACUUACUUAAACUACACACCAUUUAGGGUUUCAACUCCAAUUCAUAGCCAUCAACUAAUCGAGAGUGUAGUGCGUCACAGAGUUUACAGGUCUUAUUGGUCUUUUGAUUGUGUUCUGCUACCGGGAUUAUGUAACAUUCUAGGUACUUGUCGUUUUCAUUGUAAUGGUUGAACAAUAUUAUUGGCUUUCUGUGUUUUGAAUUGAUCUGUGGAGGUUUUGAGUUGAGGUGACAAUGUCGAUGUUCGAGAACAGUGCAUCUGUGAAGGACAAAGUUGACGAUACACAUCCAUUGAAAUGCACGAUUCUCAAUUCACGGAACACUAAUGGAUAUACGGAAUACGUCAUAGAAGUGACACGCACUGGAGUUCAGGAUUACACUUGGAAAAUAUUUAAGCGGUACAGUGAUUUUGUGAAGCUUCAAAAUAUGUUAUUCAAGAUGUCAUCUAAAAUCAAUUUGGAUUUACCACCUAAAAAAUACAUUGGAAACAUGGAUCGAAAAUUGGUGAUGCAACGCCAGAAUGCUUUACAAAGCUCUUUAAACACAAUGGUUGAGAAUUUAAUGUUAGCAAAUUCCUUACUAAUCAGAAGCUUUUUGGAUCCAGAAUCAUAUAGUGAAUAUUGUAAAGAAUCUUUAUUUCAAAAAGUUGGGAUGGUACUAAGAGGUAAUCGAGAAUUUGAAUUGUCUAAAGAACUGCCUAAUAUCGGAUGGCGUUUAAAAAGGAAAUCAUUUUUAUCCAAAUGGAAAAAAGAUCCAAAACAAGAACUUUUAUUGUCAUGGACUGAAUGUGGUCCUGACCUAUCACUUAAACAGCUGGAUUUAGUUACAGUAUUAAAAUCUAUCUCUAGUAUAAUACAUCCGCUCAUAGACAUUCCCGUGAUACUGCCAAGUCCUGAAGGAUAUAUAUUAUCAGUUCAUAAUAUUCAAGUUGGUAGUUUGAGAGAUCUACUCUAUCAAACAACACCGUUACAACCUUUCUUAAAAAAAUAUUGGGAUAAUUCUUCUCACGUUUAUUUACCAGAUCAAACUAUGGUGUCCUAUAUUAAACAGAUCUUAUAUGGACUGAAAUUUUUACACGAUAAUCAUAUCCCUUAUGGUCAUUUGCAUUCUGGAAAUGUUUUGGUCUGUGAUAUUGAAAAUAUUAAACUAACCGGCAUUGAAAAUAGUACUUUAGGUUUACCUUCAUAUUAUCGUUCAUAUGUAGUACAGCUUGGAAAAAAACGUAUACAAAGUUUAAACGAUGUUGAUAUAUAUGGAUUUGGUCAUAUAUUAUAUGAGUUUACGGAGAAUGAGCCUUUAACAAGGCCUUUUUGUGAACACUUUUCUCAAAAAACUUCAUUAAAUUUGAUAAAACAAAUGAAAACUAUACUUGCACCUCCUUCAUCAAAAUUACUUAUGCCAAGUGUGAACUCAAUAAUAACAAAUUUAAAACAUGCACGAAUGAUAGAUGAACAAAAAGACCCAUCAUUUUUUAAAUGUAAAAUACCAGCUUUAAUAAAAGAACAUUAUAUCCUAAUCGCAGAAAAAUGCAUGUCUAGAAUUUUUGAAGACCAAAAAAAAAUCGCAUUAGAAAAACGUCAUAAAAAAAUUUAUAAAAUAAUUCAUGACACAGAAAAAUGUUCAGAUGCAACACGAUCAAAACAUUUUGAUUUUCAUUCAAUCAAAAGCAAUAGUUCACUUGAUAUCAACAAUCGAUCACAUAGCUCUAGUAGUAACAGUACAUUAACUUCUACAGGAUCUGAUAUACAAAAUAAUAUCAUUGCUGUUAAUUCAUCGUCUUUAGCAUCCAACCCUCCUCCACCACCACCGCCACCACCACCACCACUAUCAACAACAACAACAACAACUAUUCCCAUUAUUUCUUCUCAAUCAAAUAAUCAGAGAAUGGCUUUAUUAUCUUCUAUUAGUAUGUUUGAUACAAAUAAACUAAAGAAAAUUGUGAAGUAAUAAAAUAAAAUGUUUUAGAUAUUUAAAUUAGCAAAAAUGUUGUUUCAUUAUAUGUAUUUUAAAUUGUUCCUAAGGUGCUAUUGAUUAUUUUUUAAGAAAAAUAAUUAUUUUUGAUACAAUUUAAAUUACUGAUUUCAAGGGUUGUCAUAACUUUUUGACUGCUGAUUGUAUUUUUUCUUUAUUACUAUAAUGUUAUGAACAUUGUCUAUUGAACAUAAAAUAUUUCAAUUUUAGUAAGUUAAUCAAUAUCAUAUUUUUGUAACAUUUUUCUUAAUGAAACAAAUAUUUAUAAAAUGUUAUUAUUUUUAUAUAGAAAUGACUUUAAAAUUUAACUGUUACAUUAAUUCGGAAACUGAUAAAAAUAACCAUGUUGCAUUGUAAUAUAUCUUCAUGACUAUUUAAAAUAAGAUAUUUUAUAAUAUUAUUAAUAUAAUACUAUUUGUUUUCCUUUUUUUAAAUGUCCAAUUCAUUUUUGCCAUAAAAAUAAAAUACCUAUUAUUGUUAUUAUUUAUUUUCAAUAACAUAAAUUAUAAUUGUAACCAAAAUUAUAUUUAAUUUGUUUGUUUUAAGUUUGAUUAGUUACAUAUAAAACAACUACUAUAUUAAAACAGUAAAUAUUUGUUAUUAUGUGUGAUAAACAAAACAUGUGUAAAAAUGACAUAUUUAGUUACAGAGAUUAAGAAAAAUCUAAACAUAUUUAUUCAUGUUUCAGUGUCUAAUGUAUGUUUUACCUAGUUAUUCUAUGAAUUCCAGUAUUAAAUAUUACCUAUAAAAGAUAUAAAUCAAUAAUUAAAUGUACAAGACAAAUUGACAUCUAAAAAGUACCAAUGUUUCCAUUUUAUAUAUAUUGUCAUUUUUAUAUUAUUUAUUUUAGCUAUCAUGUUAUUUUAAUAUUUUAUC